AUGCAUCCCCACGAGAAGCACCAGCCCUACGAGCCUGCACUGGAUAAGCGAGAUGAUGCUCGACGAUCUUCAAGCGUGCGCAUGAGGCUUUUGGCUUGCUUCCUGGCCGUGGUUGGUCUCAGCACACUGUUCAGACUGCCUCAUCACUGCCAUCAUGCCCUCUCCAGCGCGCUUCUUCCACAAAAGGCGCUCACCAUCGAGGAAAGGGUCAAGGACAUCCUGACAGGUACUCCGUUGAUUGACGGCCACAAUGACCUGCCCAUCUUACUUCGGGUUCUCUACGGCAACCACAUCAACAAUGAGACUUUCCAAGAGCCUUUCGAGACUGGCAAGAUGCUCGGCCACGUCGACUUGGUUCGGCUCCGGGAGGGCCUGAACGGUGGCGCCUUCUGGAGUGUUUACUGGGGCUGCCCCAGCAAUAUGACCGACUUCGGUGCCGAGAUCUACGCUCCCAUCGUGCAGGCUACUAUCAAUCAGAUUGAUCUUGUGACUAGGCUGCAAAAGCUAUACCCAGCUCAGUUCUCCCCAAAAGUAAAUAGCAGCACCGCCGAAGCCGCUUUCAAGAAAGGCCAACUUAUCUCUCCACUCGGUGUCGAGGGUCUGCAUCAGAUCGGUAACUCGGCCGCAAACCUGCGUCGUUUCUAUGACCUGGGCGUCCGCUAUGCUACACUAACACACAAUUGCCCCAACCGCUACGCCGACUCGGCAUUAUGGUCCAACCCCUUUCGAAAGGCCCCUUCAUACUGGGGAGGUGUGUCCGAAGACGGCAAGCUCCUGAUCCACGAGAUGAACCGCAUCGGUAUGAUCGUGGAUCUCAGUCAUACGUCCCACGAGACGCAGCGCCAUGUGCUCGGCGCUGGCAAGGACGGGUGGGAAGGGAGCAAAGCUCCGAUCAUAUAUAGUCACUCCUCGGCAUACAGCAUUUGCCCUCACCCGCGCAACGUCCAAGACGAUGUGCUUCAGCUGGUCAAGGAGCGCAACAGCAUCGUCAUGGUCAACUUCGCUCCAGACUUUGUCUCGUGCGUGGAGGGGAAUAAGGAGAACGGCCUGCCGGAUUUUUAUCCGCCCAACUCAACGUUGGCUCACGUUGCAAAGCACGUGAUUUAUAUUGGAAAUCUCAUCGGUUUCGAUCACGUUGGCUUCGGGAGCGACUUCGACGGGAUCCCAACCACCCCGAAGGGCUUGGAUGACGUUUCGAAGUACCCAGAUCUUGUGGCAGAGCUGCUGAGGCAGGGCGUCAGCGACACGGACGCUGCCAAAGUAGUUGGAGGUAACAUCCUGCGCGUCUGGAAAGCUGUUGAUGACGUUGCGCUCGGGUUGCAGGCCAGGGGGACGCCGCCCUUGGAAGAUGAGCUGCCGGCGUUGAAGUUUGAGUCCACCUCGGAAUUUCUGGGAACGUUCUAG